UCGCUCUCUAAAGGCAUGGGCAUCGGAAAGUACAUAGCUUCCGAUACCUUCUUUGUCGGUGGUUAUGCUUGGGCUGUUUAUUUCUACCCUGACGGCAAGAGCGUUGAAGAUAACGCCGCUUAUGUUUCGCUGUUUAUCGCCCUCGCAAGCGAAGGGACGGACGUUAGAGCGCUGUUUGAGCUCACGCUUUUGGAUCAGAGCGGGAAGGCACGGCACAAGGUUCAUACCCAUUUUGGGAGGACCCUCGAGAGUGGACCCUACGCGCUUAAAUAUCGGGGGAGCAUGUGGGGCUAUAAGCGCUUUUUUAAAAGGACUCUUCUUGAGACAUCAGACUACCUUAAAGAUGACUGCCUCUCAAUUCGCUGCUGUGUUGGUGUAGUUAAGUCAUAUACAGAGGGACCUAAGACUUACACUAUUGCCGUGCCACCUUGUGAUAUCGGUAAGCAUUUUGGGAAGCUUUUAGAAAGCGGUAGGUGUACUGAUGUGAAUUUUGAUGUUGAUGGGGAAAAGUUUUCGGCACACAAAUUGGUUCUUGCUGCACGCUCACCUGUGUUCAGAGCUCAACUUUUUGGUCCACUGAAGGAUCAAAACACUCAAUGCAUUAAUGUUGAAGACAUGGAAGCCCCAGUAUUUAAGGCAUUACUCCAUUUAUCUACUGGGAUACCUACCAGACAUGAGAAGGCUUGUGGAUCUAAAUCCAAAAGGGCUUCUACACUAAUGGCUCAGCAUCUGCUUGCAGCAGCAGAUCGAUAUGCUCUUGAGAGGCUCAAGUUGUUGUGUGAGGCUAAACUUUGUGAGGAUGUCUACAUACACAGUUGA